GCGGUGUCCAACUUCGUCCUUGGAUUCCUGGGGAUGUAUGGCACGACAGGCUAUGGGGAGGACAGCAAGCCGUCCUCCCAUCUGGUGGGCGUCGUGCUUGCAGCCAUGGUCCUCUGCUUCAUUGCAAGCUUUGCGAGCACGUGGGGCCCGACUGUCUGGGUCUACUGCGCAGAGAUGUUCCCGUUGCGUCAUCGGGCUCGCUGCGUGGGAGUGACAACGAUGACGAAUUGGGUGGGGAACUUCCUCAUUGCCCAGUUUUCGCCCAUCUUGUUGUCCUCUAUCGGGUUUGGGACCUUCCUCCUCUUUGGCGGCUUUUGCAUCGUCGCGCUGCUCUUGGGGCUCUGGCUCCCCGAGACAAGGGGGGUGCCACUUGAACAGAUUGGCACCUGCUUUGAUGAGCGCUUCGGAUUGCUGGAGGGCAAAGCAGCAGACACGGAGAGCUAUGGGACGAUUUCGAAGAGGAUGUAG